AUGACGGACAUUUUCCAGCUGUUGCCAAUCUCCCAUGGCGCUGGUGGUUACUGGUGCGCUGGACAGAACUGGGAACACCACAUAAAAAAGGCAUUUCAGAAAUACUGUGGUUGUGUCGAAUUGAAUCUGGAGUACCAUUCUUGGAUAGAAGAAUACCUCAUCGCAUUCUCAAAGGGUAAGAAGAGAUCAGAUAAAGACUUGUCCACUGAUUCAUUAGAGUUCAGAUAUACGCAGAAAGUCCUUGCUUUCAACUUCGUGAGCCAUAGCUAUGGACUUAUGAAAGGGUGGAUGUCCAUAAGUGCAUUCGAACAGAGACGAGCUCAAAAGCCAUUGAUGUGAGCAUUCUGUAAUUGUGCUACUUACGCUCGAGUUAUCAAUGCUAGAUGUUGCUUUUUCUCACUUUUGUGCAUUUAUAUGGUUUUUUAAUAUCGUUAUCUAAGGGUCGUAGAUUCUUUUCUUUUCUCAAAGAGAUGGUAUGUUAACGUGACUUCACUCACUUGUAAGCAGUAUUUCUAAACACAUAAUGGUCCCUUGUAGAUACUAUUGUCGAUAAUGACUAUGUGGAACAAAUAGAAUUACA